AUGGGGUUUGUAGAUGAAGAUCGUCUUCGUCUGCUUGCUAUAUGGACGCCCGUCGCGUUUGUCACGUAUGUAGUUGUGACAGCUGUGUACAACCUCACACUUCACCCGCUUGCCAAAUAUCCUGGACCGCUGUUAUGGCGCAUUUCUCCUAUACCCUCCAUCGUUUCUUUGCUUCGUGGUCGCAUUGCCUUUGAGUACAAGAUUCAUCACGACAGAUACGGGCCCGUCGUGCGUGUCAUGCCCAACGAGCUCUCUUUCAAUACAGCAAAAGCAUGGGACGACAUUUAUGGACACCGGGUUGGACUUGCGAACAUGGAUAAAGAUCCUAUUCAUGUUGGUGCAGUGGAAGCAAUACCAGGUGCCACCAAUCUGACAAUGGCACCGGAUAUCCACCAUGCGAGGCAGAGGAGAGCACUUGCUCAUGCGUUCAGCAAGCAGGCACUGCUGGAACAACAGUCGAUCUUGAAGGGAUACGUAGAUCUGUUUGUAGAUCGAUUGAGGGAGAAGGCGCACAGAGGUGAACCGGCGAACAUGGUAUCGUGGUUCAACUUUUGCACUUUCGAUAUCAUUGGCGAUCUUAGUUUUGGCGAGCCUUUCGGGUGUCUGCGAGAGGGCGAAGGUUCGGAGUCGGCAAACUGGGUUGUGUUAAUCUACGAAGCCAUAAAGUCCGGCGCUAUUGAACAAGCUACCCGCCGCUUCGCUAGGCCCGGUUCUGUCGCCCAAAAGUUCCUCAUGUGGUGCAUUCCUACGGUCGUCCGCGAGCGCCGUUUCCGCCAUUUACGCAACUCGACCGAGAAGACUGUGAAGAGAUUGAAUCAAAAAGACAACGAUCAUCGCGAUUUCAUCUGGUAUAUCUUGAAACAAAGAGAGAAGAAGAACGAAGUCAGCGACGACGAGGUCAUCAUGAACGCAGCGCUGUUCAUCGUAGCAGGGAGUGAAACCACUGCAACAGAGCUUUGCGGGUUGACAAACUACCUCUUGAGGAACCCAGAAAUAUUCAAGAAGCUAAAAGAUGAGCUAAGAGGCGCGUGUAAGACUGAAGCGGAUAUCAAUAUGGAUGUCCUUGGCAACCUACCGUACAUGAAUGCCUGCAUUGAGGAAGGUCUUCGAAUCUUCCCUCCCGUACCUAUCGGUCUUCUCCGCACAGUGCCCAAAGGCGGGUCGCUGAUCGAUGGCCAUGCCGUUCCCGAAAACACAUCCGUCUGUGUCAGUUCCUGGGGCGCGUCGCACUCGGCGUCCAACUUCGUAGAACCCGACUCUUUCAUUCCUGAGCGCUUCCUUGAAACGUCAGAGUCAAAAGGAAAGUUUGCUGGCGACUCCAAGAAAGCGGCGCAGCCCUUUUCAACCGGUCCACGAGGGUGCAUUGGCAGAAACUUGACAUAUGUCGAGCUGCGGUUGAUUUUGGGCGCGCUUCUCUGGAACUUUGAUAUCGAGCUGGCGGAUGGAGCGCCGCUUUGGCACCCAAAGAAUGAGUUCGAGGGAUUGAAGGCGUACAAUACUUGGGAGAAGAUCCAAUCAUCCAACCAGACUGUACUCAACAGCUUCCUCCCACGCACCUUCCAUACCCGUGCACGACUCGGCGCAGCCUACAACAUGCCGCAAGAACCAAAGAUCAUCAAGGUAGAAGAGCUUCCUGCAACCGAGGCCAAGUGGAUCGAGUUCCAGAAAAUCUCAUGGCAAGAUCAAACGGGUAGAGAUCGCGUCUGGGAAGCCGCGGCACGCAAGACACGGGGCAAGGCAGGCGUCGAUGCUGUAGCCAUAACAACGAUCAUCCGCCACCCCUCGCGCCCGCCUUCCACUAUUAUCAUCCUGCAGUACCGCCCACCUGUCAACGCCGUCUGCGUCGAGCUUCCUGCCGGUCUAGUUGACGAGAAGGAGUCACCUAGUGAGGCCAGCGUACGGGAGCUACACGAAGAGACUGGGUACAAGGGCAAGUUGGCCUUUAUCAGCCCGACCAUCGUCUCGGAUCCUGGUCUGAGCACGGCGAACAUGCAGCUGGCCAUGGUGGAGAUCAACUUGAAGGACGGUGAUAAGGAGCCAGAGCAGGUGCUUGACGAUGGCGAGUUCAUCGAGAGGGUAGUGGUGCCGAUUGAUGAAUUAUACGACCGCCUAGUCAACACAAUGGGCGGUGUGGUGCUGAACGUCACGAGAACACCUAAUACCGGAAGUGUCAAGAGACCUAUCUUCCGGGAACAACUAGAUCCAUUCGUCAAGUACAAUAUGUACUCUUACAAAUUCUUCGCUGUUGCGCUCGGCUUCCUGACUGUACUCCUAAACGCUGCACCGACUUCUCCAAAUCCCAACCUUAUGUCUAAGGAUUGGCGCCAUGUCCUCACCCCAGACAACUUCCUGGCUUCUACUAUCGAACCAGGCUCAUCAAUGGCCUCCGUUCUUGCCCCUGGCAUGGCGAAUGAUCCAAAUGUCCCUCAGAUUCGCGGUGAAGUUAGGAACCAUUGUUCUUUCUCUGUCUGGGCUCGUCUCUCAAUCUCCCCAAUCAGCUCUGGACCUAGCCACGAGAAAUGCGACAACCCCGGCGAAACCAGCAUGGUCGAAAUCAAGCCGGGCCAGAGAUAUAAGGCGCCAUUCCCAUGCCAGAUGAAUCAGUGUGGUCACGUCAUCAAGGUCGCCUACCACCCAGCGGAUCUACGCGUCUACCAAAUUGAAUACUCUGCGGACGGUCAUGAUGGCCGCAUGUGGUACAACCUUUCCGCUGAGGACGGCGCGCCUUUCCAAGAUGUUAAGCGCUAUCUGGGUGGCCGCGGCCCUACUUGCCCUUUCGUGCACUGCGCACCCGGCCAGUACGGUAAAGACCCGGUCCAUGGAUGCGAUUGGCCGCUCCAACCCUUGUGUGAUAGCCUGGGCAGUGUCGUUGCUGUCAUCUGUGGAAGGCUUUAG